CCCAAAAACAAAAAAACAAAAAAAAAAAAAACAAAUUCCCACCUCCAAUAAAGCACAGAUCUGAGUCCUACCUAACACCUCUCUCUCUUCGCCAGCACACAGGUCAAUAAGCCUUCGAUCCAUCUCUUUCUCUAGGGUUUCAUCUCAUCGAUUCGAAGAUGUUUGGGAGGGCACCGAAGAAAAGUGACAACACAAAGUACUAUGAAGUUCUAGGCGUUUCCAAGAAUGCUUCGCAGGAUGAUCUGAAGAAGGCCUAUAGAAAAGCGGCCAUCAAGAACCAUCCUGACAAAGGUGGUGAUCCUGAAAAGUUCAAGGAGCUUGCCCAAGCUUAUGAGGUUUUGAGUGACCCAGAGAAGCGUGAUAUUUAUGAUCAGUAUGGUGAGGAUGCUCUCAAGGAAGGAAUGGGUGGUGGAGGUGGUGGGCAUGACCCAUUUGACAUCUUCCAAUCCUUCUUUGGAGGUAGCCCCUUUGGUGGUGGUGGAAGCAGCCGAGGCCGAAGGCAAAGAAGGGGCGAGGAUGUGGUUCAUCCUCUCAAGGUUUCUCUGGAGGAUCUCUAUAAUGGGACAUCGAAGAAGCUGUCCCUCUCACGCAAUGUAAUUUGUUCAAAGUGCAAGGGUAAAGGGUCAAAGUCAGGUGCUUCAAUGAAGUGUUCUGGCUGUCAAGGGUCUGGGAUGAAAGUUUCUAUUCGGCACCUUGGACCAUCUAUGAUCCAGCAGAUGCAGCAUCCUUGUAAUGAAUGUAAGGGUACUGGUGAAACUAUUAAUGACAAGGAUCGCUGCCCACAGUGCAAGGGUGAAAAGGUUGCGCAGGAGAAAAAGGUGUUGGAAGUCAUUGUGGAGAAGGGUAUGCAAAAUGGACAAAAGAUCACAUUCCCUGGAGAGGCUGAUGAAGCACCUGAUACAGUCACAGGGGACAUAGUGUUUGUGUUACAACAGAAAGAGCACCCCAAGUUUAAGCGUAAGGGUGAUGAUUUAUUUGUGGAACACACCUUGACCCUUACAGAGGCCCUCUGUGGCUUCCACUUUAUCCUGACGCAUCUGGAUAACAGGCAGCUCCUCAUUAAAUCUCAGCCUGGCGAAGUUGUAAAGCCCGAUCAAUUCAAGGCAAUAAAUGAUGAAGGAAUGCCAAUGUACCAGAGGCCAUUCAUGAGAGGGAAAUUGUAUAUCCACUUCACUGUAGAUUUCCCAGACUCCCUGACCCCUGACCAGUGCAAGGCUCUUGAGGCUGUGCUGCCUCCAAGGCCGUCGACUCAGAUAACAGAUAUGGAGUUGGAUGAGUGUGAGGAGACUACUCUGCAUGAUGUUAACAUUGAAGACGAGAUGCGUCGUAAGCAGCACCAGGCCCAAGAGGCAUAUGAUGAGGACGACGAUAUGCAUGGUGGUGCCCAGAGGGUGCAAUGCGCUCAGCAAUGAUAGCCUUGGCAAAGUAUGAAAAUGACAUGGGGGAAGUAGGAAUUGGAUCAGGUCAGAAGUAAGACGUCAGUAUUUUCUGGGAACAGGUUUGUCAAGACAAUAACAUUCUCUGCAAUGUUGUCUCCUAUGGUAGUAUUUAGAUUGUUUGUUUAUGGGUGUGAGAUUUAUAUGACCAAAUUUAAAAUGUAUGCAAGGUUUAUCUCUGACUAUUGAGAAGACCUAAAUGAAACCAUUGCAUACCUCCAUGCUUGUUUUUUGGGUGCUUCUAUAUUGGUUUUUAUGGUUGCCUUUUAUUGUCUAUAUUUUGCUGGUGCUUUUAUUGUUUUGCUCAGUUGGACUUUGAAAUCCAAGCCUACUUGUAGUUCUUCCACGCUCGUGGUUAUUCGACUUGAUUAGACACGCAAACACAUUUUGAGUAGAUUUUGGAAUGACACCUCAAAGAUUUCUAGGACAGAAUGACCAUGUUGCCAACCUCAUUUGGCGCCUUUGCCAAAUUGGUGAUGAUGGCUAAUGACUGCCAAUCUUGUUCUAAAUUGAUCCCAAAGUUGCUUGGGAUUGUGUGGAAAAAACUUGAGCUUGAGAUCAGCUGCCCCCCCCAAAAACCAACAAAAAAACCCACCCCAAAAAGAAAAAGGGAAAAAGCUCUCAGUUUAUGAAACAGAAGUUUCAUAA